CCAAUACCGUCUUUACCCCCCCUCCGCUCCUUCGCUCUUACUCACAUCCUCUACGACCCUUCACAUCCCUUAUCUAUCCCCUUCACCCUCCUCACUCUCACCCCAAUAUUCAUAUUCGUCUCUUACCUGACCUUGUUGAUCUUCACACGACGCAUAUCGGUCCUGCUGCUCGGUCUGGGACAAAUCGGUAACGAAUUCCUUAAUCUCGUGUUGAAACGGAUUUGGAGGAGUGAACGACCCUACAAAGGUUUAGGAGAAGUUGGGCAUGGAUAUGGUAUGCCAAGUAGUCAUUCACAAGCUGCUGGAUUUACCUUCGCAUGGGCUAUUGGAUAUGCUCUCACAUCCGGAGUUCGGUACGAUCGUGAGACCUCCCUUGGAAAAGUGAGACGACGGGUGUAUAUUGCUGGAUGUGGUUUAUGGAGUAUACUAGUCGCUUAUUCAAGAUGGCAUCUUCAUUAUCAUACUCCCGAACAAGUCGUGGUGGGUUAUGGAGCCGGUAUGAUCGCCGGAGGAUUGUAUUUCCUUAUCACAGAGUUGAUCCCGCUGUAUCACCCUCGUUCUCUUCCCGCACGUUUGAGGGGUUUCGUAGAGCACCUUUGGACGGGGAUUGGGGGUUUGGGCGGAUACGUACUUGGUGGGGCAGAAGGAGGUUGGGGGGAAGGAUGGAUGUUGGAGAAUCAGAUUGUUCCCAAGGAUGAGGACAAG